ACAUGAGCGUACACAAACACACCCCUUUAAAAGCGCGCGCGUAAACACACACACACACACGCAUACGCACACGGGGUCCCUCUCUAAGCUCAAAAGCAGGAAAAAUUGCGCCACUCUUGGAGCGUCUUUCAAGGGGGAAAAAGUUGAGGAAGACAGAAGAGGACGAACCAAGAGGAGACUCGAAUGAAAGCGCCUCCUUCGCAGUUUCUCCUCACUGUAAAUAGAUGGUUAUUUAUGCGCAUAAAUGAAACAAUCCUAAAGGUAGUGGUGCGUCUCUUUUUGGAUACAUAGUGGGAGAGCACAUGCUACGCUCUGGUUUUCCCCGGACAGAAACGUAAACUUCAGUGCUACUGGAUCUUGAAGUUGCUCGGUUUGUCGCUGUAGACAGAACUACUGGUGUCUCGGUGCGUUUGGACGGUGGAAUUUAUCUCAUCUCUGUAGAAUAAAACGCCGACGGCCGGGAAAAGCAACCUCCCCACCGGUGUCUACAACUGAAGCUGUUUCUUUGAAUUAUCAGAAUGGACUCCCAUUGCCGUAAACUGGUCACCACCUGCGCACAAAUAGAAAAGGAGAAGAUACAAAAUAAAAAUGAAGACUCUUCAGAUGACCCUUCCAAAAAGAAGCGACAGCGGCGGCAGAGGACUCACUUCACCAGCCAGCAGCUGCAGGAACUGGAGGCCACUUUCCAGCGGAAUCGCUAUCCGGACAUGAGCACAAGGGAGGAGAUAGCCGUGUGGACCAACCUUACAGAGGCCCGAGUCAGGGUGUGGUUCAAGAAUCGGCGAGCCAAGUGGAGGAAGAGGGAAAGAAACCAGCAAGCAGAGCUUUGCAAAAACGGCUUCGGCCCGCAGUUCAAUGGACUCAUGCAGCCCUACGAUGACAUGUACCCUAGCUACACAUACAACAACUGGGCUGCCAAGGGCCUCACAUCUGCCUCUUUAUCCACAAAAAGCUUCCCCUUCUUCAACUCCAUGAAUGUCAACCCCUUAUCCUCGCAAACCAUGUUCUCACCGCCCAACUCCAUAUCCUCUAUGACUUCCAGCAUGGUGCCAUCGGCGGUCACCGGCGUACCGGGCUCCAGUCUCAACAGCCUCAAUAACUUGAAUAACCUCAGUAACCCGUCUCUCAACUCGGGGGUGCCCACGCCGGCGUGUCCCUACGCCCCUCCGACCCCUCCUUAUGUGUACAGGGACACUUGUAACUCCAGCCUGGCCAGCCUGAGACUGAAAGCCAAGCAGCACUCGAGUUUUGGAUACGCCAGUGUGCAGAAUCCGGCCACUAAUCUGAGUGCUUGCCAAUAUGCCGUGGACAGGCCAGUCUAAUACCUACCUGCACUGCAAAAAAUAAUCAUCUUAGCAAGAUAUAAGAGGCUAGUAGGGACGCUUACAGUUACAUUUUUCUCUAAAGACAGUGGGCAUCUCUGGUGGUGCGAUUGUUAUAGACUUUUUUGCGUGUAUCAAGAUUUUGUUUUUUAAUUUUUUGGCGAUCUUUGCCAGUUGGAAUGUUACUUGCAGUAUUCCGACCCUUUUCCUUAACACACUGCCACUUGCUCCGGUAAAAAUCUAAAAUCUAAUAGGAAACAUGUGGGAUUAUCCCAUCGCAUCACAUUCAUUUUCUUUCUUUUGAAGGGGCAAAUGUGAUUUGAGGGUGAUUACAAUCCCAGAUAGCUUGCUAUGGUGGUCAUUUUUUGCAGUGUGAGGGUAAUCACAAACAGCCGGCCACAGGAACAAGAGACUACUACAAGUACUUUUUCAUUUUUCAAAAAGGGCACUAGAAGACUGAACCACUGAAACAAGCUCAACCACAGGUCGGAGUCAAACUGAAAUGGGACUUCUUAGGUUUGUUCCCCUUUUGAUGAGUUCAGGCCUGCUUCACACUGCGCCUCAGCGGAAAAGAAAAAAAGAAAUAAACGGAGAAAAAAAAAGAAAAGAAAAAAAGGCCUGUUUUAUUUUUCAUAACUCCUCAUAAGGGUUUUCUGGUGGAUUUUUGGACGGUACCUAUUGACUGAAAAGGUUGUAUAUAUAUUUGAAUUAUCAUCUCCUGUUUGUCGAGGCGAAUGCGCUAUAACCCUACGUCCUCUCCAGGUUCAAUUUAUCAACGCAUGUGGAAAAAAAAUCUCUAAAAAGGAAUCAUGUUUUGCUUGCAAACAAAAGGGAAUGUACAUACUAAAACGCACCAGUUGUGUGUUUCUAACAUAUUAUAAAUUUAUUAUUAAUGUCUGUGUGAAUAUCGAUUUAGAAUAGCAAUUCUGGAUUAAAAAAAAAAAAGUUCAAAUCAAAAAUGUUCCUGCGACAAAUUAUUUGGUUUUUUUGCUCUGUGUAUACUAUUUGGUACGGAACUAUGUUUUUUUUCCAGCAUUCAAAAACUAUUGUGUUUUAUUUAAUGGAAGUAAAUAUAUUGUUCAAAAACAUCAUGCUGGGGGACUUUUAUUGAAUCUUCGUGCUAGUUGUCUGAUAGUGGAGUGUAAAGCAAUGACAGUCUGUCUAUAGCCUUUCGAUUAUGUGAGGUACUUGUGCGGCUAAUCUAUAGAGGAAAACAAUGGGCCGCUCCAAUACACAUAACUCCGAGAUGCUCCGUCAGAUUAACUGUUGAAUACAUGUCUGCCUGCCCAGCCAAGAGCUUCGGCUGGUCACUGGUGCUUGAAAUAACACGGGAAUCCACAAAAAGGCAUUGGACCACACGACAAUGAUAACAGUCCAUUAGAGGUUGUUUUUUUGCUCCCCGUCUUUGAUCUCAGAAGAGACGGUAGUUUCUGAAGUGGCUUAUUAGAAAACUUGAAGUACAGCCCACCAUCUGAUUCACAUCAUUCUUUAAUAUGGAUUUUACGAUAUGUUUGAAUUUAUCACCUAGUAAU